CACUUCCAUAGUACCUCUACCUACCGACCUACUUUACUGCAAACAGAAGUUCAAGACUAAUAUCGAAAUUACACAAAUUAUUAUUCUAUCUGGCUGCUCAUUCUGCAAGCGCAGAUUGACAUCCCACGUGCUCGGCCAGGUCCACCACCAUGGCUGAUCUUAUGGAUCAGGUUCACCCUCUCAAAAUAUUUGACCUGGCAAAAGACCAGGGCAGAUUUCUCUAUGCGUGCGCGCCCAUGGUCAGGUACAGCAAGCUUGCUUUCCGCCAAACUGUACACUCAUAUGGCACAGAUUUAUGCUGGACGCCCAUGAUACUGGCCAAAGAGUUCAACCGAAAUGAGUUUGCACGAGAUAGCGACUUCACAUUGGCAACCACACCGCAACCCCAACCGCCAACCAUAGUCCAGUUCGGCGCCAACGUGCCCGUUGAGCUGGCCCGCGCCUCCUCCCUCGUCGCCCCUUUUGUAGCGGGCGUGGAUCUAAAUUGCGGCUGCCCACAAUCUUGGGCCUGCGCCGAGACGCUCGGAGCCGCCCUCAUGGAACGCCGUGAACUGGUCAGGGACAUGGUCGUCGAGACCAGAUCCCGUCUAGCCAGUGAUGGUUGGGCCGUUGGCCUGGAGCGCGAUAAGAACGAUCCUAAGGGGAGGAGCGUCAGUGUCAAGAUCAGGGUUCACAAGGACCUGCGGAAAACAAUGGAUUUCAUAGACACCGUCAUCGGCGACCCCAACGCCCGCAACAUCGACUUCCUCACCAUCCACCCCCGCACCCGCGCCACCCCGUCACGAGAGCCCAUCAACGUCGAAUCCCUCUCGAUCCUCGUAGAAAGGUACGGAGACGUGCUCCCUAUCCUCGUGUCUGGGGAUGUCUUCACCCUAGACACGCUGGCCUACUCCUCACCCUUUAGCCCCGCUUCCGCCGGUGCUGCUGGAGCCCCCAACGACACGAGCAGGCCGGCAAUACCCAAGCUACGCGGCCUCAUGUCGGCCCGGGGCCUGCUGGCCAACCCUUCCCUGUUUGCGGGCACGCAGCGCUGCAGCUGGGACGUGGUCGAGCACUUUCUCAACCGCGCGGCACAAGCCCCGCUGCCCUUCAAGCUGGUGACGCAUCACCUGACCGAGAUGACGGCGCCCGGGAUGGGGCCCGACAAGGCAAGCCUGCUGAACAAGCGGGAGAGGAUCGAGAUGCUGGAGAAGGAGGACAUGUUUGAGCUGAUCGACUGGCUUGACGUCAAGAUGGCCGAGAAGCGCGGCGGGCAAGGGUUGAGACGGUGGAACGAGGGGGAAUUUUGCUGAAAAAAAAAGAUAAAAAAGAUAAGCUGAGCAGGAAGUUGCCAUGUCAUCGUUCAUUGGAGAGGGUAAAAGAAUGAUGAUAGAAAGAGAAUUAAUCCAUCUGGCGAUUCAAGUCCGCCGUUCCUAACAAAACCUAACUACCUGAUAUAGAACCCUCCGACGCCAUAUGCAGCGCCCCGCGAACGCCUUCCAUGGGUAUUGAUCCAAGGAGAAGUGACAAUGGAAAACCCA